AUGGCCAGCGAUUCGUUUCCGACGGCUGGCCAGCCCGACUCUCCACCACCACGCGAGCGCCCGUGGCUGCUGCCAUAUAACCGCAAGCUGCGGCAUCUCCAAGGCAUCACGAUCCGCAACCUCACGCUCACGCCGAGCCCCUCCAAGUCACGCGGCAAGACCAUUGACGACGAAGCCAUCCCGAGCACACUCAAGUCGCCUGCCAAGGCACUUGCGCAGCGAGAAAGCCGUGGCUUGGUGCACUCGUGGUCAUCGAGCGACCUCACCUCAUCCGAUGAUGCCGUCCGGCGCAGCAAUGGCGGCUUACGUGACCCAACCACGCCGAAGAAUUCGUCAAGGCCAGCAACGGGGGCAGGUCUGAGGAGGCGCUCCACAAUGGAAUGGACGAAUGCGAGUCCAUUGACUCGCCAGAAGAAGCUGGAAGACAUUACUGCUGGGCGCAUGGCUGACACCUUCUUCACGCUGCAUGUGGAUGAUCAGUUGGACCCAGUGUAUGUUUCCGAGGUGGCUGAAAAGGCCAUGAAUCCCAACUUCAAGUUCUUCGACCUCGCCCCCUGUGGACCGGGUGUGACGCGGCUGGACAAAGUCACUGUGCGGGUAUGGGCAAAGAACGAGACGAUGCAGGGCUGGCAGUACCUGUUGGACUACACGGUGCAGUUUAGGUCGCUGCAGUUCAUUGGAAAGACGCUCGAGGGUUUCAUGCACCAGUUUCCCCCGAAUUGUAUACUCUUCCAUAUGAUGGAUGGUAUAUACACGAGUUUCACAGACGUGCCAAUACAGCAAAGGACACGGCCAGAACUUCUCGCACCGCCAAAAGAGAGUGCCGAUGGCAGAGUACUUCCUUCGUCCUCGUACGAUGCGCUGAUGCGGCUGUCUACACUGGACGACUGCAUUCAAGAUGCAUUGACUACGCGAGAUCGCAUCGCUGACGAGAUUGAGAGCAUACUCGCAGCGAACAAGGAGGAUAUAUUCACAGUGGAAUCAGUAGCAGAGUCGGAAGAAAGCUCGCGGACAGUACAGGCUGCGGUGGCGGUUGAAAAGCGCCGUGUUACGGCUGCGCGAAGAAGACGAGACGAGCUGCAAGCGAGCAUCCAGGAUAGGCGAGACAAGAUGAGGAUUGGGCGCGAGCAGCAGGCAAAAGCAGAGAGUGAAAUGGCCGAAGACCAGUCCAAGGGCAACGAGACCAAGGCGCUUUUGGAGAAGACGGGCGAGGACAUUACUGGCCAACGACGGAGGGUUUGCGAGGACGUGCUCAGGAUAUUCCCCAUUGAGCCCGUGCCUGGGAAACCCCUUACCUUUACGAUACGCGGACUGCUGUUACCCAAUUCGGUGUUUGAGGACGUGCAGGAAGACGUCACUUCUGCAGCGCUGGGUCACGUGGCCCAAGUGGUGAGCCUGCUGUCGCCAUAUCUUUCGGUCGUCUUGCCGUACCCGAUGUCACUGCAGGGCUCGACGUCGACGAUUGACGAUCCGCUGGCGCUUUCGCAAAACCAGCAGCCUCACCAACGCACGUAUCCGCUGUACAUGAAGAACGUUGUCCGAUACCGUUUCGAGUAUGGCGUGUUUCUGCUCAACAAGAACAUUGAGAUUCUCUCCAACUCGCUGGGGCUGCGGCCGGUCGACAUGCGGCAUACACUGCCGAACCUCAAGUACCUCUUGUACGUGGCGACGGCAGGCAAAGGCGAGCUGCCGGCUCGCAAGGCGGGGGGCAUCAAGGGCCUGCUGAGGCAGGAUGGGGCACUCUCUCGGAAGGGGAGCAUGGAUAGCACCGUGACAGUCAGCAGCGUCGGAACGCCGACGACGGAGAUAAGGAAGAGCCUGGAGAUUGCGGGCAAGAAGCUGGAGCAGACCAAGGCCAAUGGGACGGCCGUGUAUGGUACGGGGGCCGUGGCGCAUAAGACUGGCGUGCACGCGGGCAGCCGGCUCAGGCCCUUGGAGUAA